AUGGCGACAUCGGUGGCACUCGAUGGCUUUGACGACGGCCAAUUCUCUCAAGGCGAAGAGUUUGAAUCCUUCAUCUGCGGGGAUGGUUAUGAUUAUGAUACCAAACCAUAUCCAGAAAUGUUCUCGGCUAUGCCCCUCGAGCUACUACGGCUCAUCCUCUACGAAGCCGCUCUCGAUUCGACCAGGAAUCGAAGCCGUCUCAUGAGAGUUUGCUCGCUCUGGCGAGAUACAAUGGUCCACAUUCCAUAUCUUUGGACAGAUUUAUGCAUAUCCGGGCGCUUUGAACCCAAAGAGUGCUUCAAGGAAUUCAUUUGGUGGCUGGAUGUGCAGAUUGGGCGAACCAAAAGCUGCAUGCUCGACGUCGAGUGGGACAUACGUCUCUCGGAGGAGCAGACGGCCAUAUUGUUCACUUGGAUCGCUAAACGAGCCCCAUCGUCGAGAUGGAGGUCACUUUUGAUUCGCUCCUGUGAAUACGUGCAGACGGACGACGCCCCGCUAGGGGGCCUCUCUGACUUUCGAAAUCUCGAAUCACUCAUAGUCUACCACUGCGCACCCUACCAGCUUUUAUACCUCGUGAAUCAGUCUAUUACUUCAAAACUCACCCACGUCACCUGUCGAGGCUGCAUGGACGAUGAAGAGUUGAGUAUCCAGAUGAGCUCGAUCCUCAAGUGCAUCUCUACACUCUCACUCACAAGUUUUGAACUCGAUACAACCAUCGUCUUGCCGGAGAAUAUAAACGAGAUUACGAUCGAGCGUUUACCUUUCCAUACUUUUCCGCACAUCACCUCGCUCAUCACAACCAGACCCAACGCCCUCCGGCUAUUCGCAGAGAAUCAUUUCCCGAACCUUCAGUCUAUUUCGACCAGAUUCACCCGCCUCGAUUGUUGGGAUAUUCCCAUGAGACUCAGCUCGCUCACUACGCUCAUCAUAAGUGGAGACGAGUUUGAGCCGUUGGCGCUCGUGACGCUCCCACGUCUACGCAUAUUGUGCAUUCGUCCCAAAAUAUCAGGUCAAGAAUCGCACAAGGAGGCCAAGAGACUAUGCAGAGUAUUUAUGCGAGCAGAUUUGAGCCUGUGCCCGACAGAGGUGCUCGAGGUGGGCACCAUUCUUCCAUACAAGGUGCUAGCCAUGGGCAUAGCGAGGAUGGCAGGGAAAACGAGAAAGAUUGCCGUCUGUGUGAAGCGGAAAAAUAAGGGGAGAGGACUUAUGACGCGAAUCUUUGCCUCGCAGCCUACCCCUAUGCUUGCCAAUUAUACACAGGACGCCAACAUCGCGCCAUGUCUACAGAGCCUGGAGUUCUUUACGAGUAUUUGCAUAACCGAGGAAAGCGAGAAGGAUUGGCGUGAUUUUAUGGUCGGUAUCCUCCAAGCACGCCGUUCACUCGAAAGCAUCAAAGCUGUGUGGGCGGAUGGUCCGACGACGAGCGUGGCUCGAAUGGACAAUUUACUCUGA